UACAUCUCUUCAAACACCUCCAUUGUUGACUAGUCUGUUAACUCCAAGAUUCAUCAUGAAGUUGGCCCUUUUUCUCGUUCUCGCACUGCCCUUGGUCAUGUCAGCACCACAUAAAAAGGCUGUCAAUCCAUUUGUGAACAGUCUCUUGAAUAUAUUCCACGCAGAUGAGCUCAAACUGCUAGUUACAGAUUUAGUUGACGAUCUGGGGUCUGACAAUAGGGAAGUUGAUUGUGAAAAAGAGUGUAACCACCUCGUAGACACACAGUUUACAGGCACCAUCAACGUCCUUUCUCACCAAGUUUGCCCUCUCAGUUGCCAUUCGUUGCAGGAAUUGGCCCACUUCUUCCAUAUUCCUAAUCCUUCCGCCACUCCAUCUUCUGCAUAAAACAGACAAUCUGACUUGAUAUGGUAAAACAUGUCUAUGUAAUUAAGUGAAUCAGAUAAACUUUGCUGUGCAGCAUGCAAUAAAGAUAUCAGGCAAGUUCAUGA